AUGCACCUGAGCCAGCCGCCGUCACGGGAAACUCUCCCGGGUCUAUCCGAGCAUGGGCAAAGGGUCAAUGGAGGCCAGGGAUCACUCUCUGAGGAAAGGAAGAGCUGCUCGCAAACCACGGGAAAGAGCAAACGAAAAGAAACCAAACGACAGAAACAUGAGGGAGCGUCCGGAUCACAGGAAGAAACAACCUCGGGGGAAGUGAACUCUUCCUCGCUGGAGCUGGAGCUGGUCGGCAAGCGUGUGCGGCUAUGCUAUGGCACGUUGGGGAUUCCUUCAUUAGCAUCCACUCCGGUCCUCCUCCCUCAUUCAAGUCUCUCCUAUUCACUCAUCUCGGAAUCGGACAGUCGAUACGACUACUCGCACGGCCCCGACGACUGUAACGCGCACGAAGUCCAUACGAUCAUCAUCAUCAUCAUCAUGCUCUGGGGAUCACAGUCCCAGCCUGAGGACUCGCCGGAGAAGCCCAUUCCCCGAGAGAAACUGCCUCCGCAACUACAGCAACUCGUGGAUCACGACGACGGCUUCUAUGAUGACAUCUACUCGUCCUACUCCGUGGAUUCCACCGACACUCCCUACCGAUAUGCCGGAUACGCCAAUCGACUCCGCACCGUGUUGCUCUCCGCCCAUCGUUACGUCGCCUAUACCUCGGACAUAGGCGAAUCCUUCCGUCCCGUAGCUCAUCCAUAUCUGGUGCGCUCCGCCUACGCUAUCUCCUGGUCGUACCUGAUCGGCGAUGUUGCCCAUGAAGGCUACAAGGCCUACCUGCGCAAUCGGCGCGGCAUGGCUACCGGCAAUGUCGGCGGCUCGUUACGCUCCUCCACGGGGGAGUCGGAUUCCCUGGAGCCCUGGCCCACGACUCGGAUUCCGCUCAUCGAGGAUUACCGUGUGGUCAUGGCCAAGCGUGCCGUGUUCCAGAGCAUCGCUAGUAUGGGACUACCCGCUCUGACCAUUCAUUCCGUGGUGAAAUAUUCGGGCCGCGCCUUGAAAAAUUCCAAGAGUGUCUGGUUCCGCACUUGGGCGCCUAUUGGACUUGGUCUCUCCGUCGUCCCCUUCCUCCCGUACAUCUUCGACGAACCCGUCGACGAGGCCGUCGAGUGGUCCUUCCGCGCCGCCAUCCGCGCCUACGCCGGCGAGGAUGCCGUCCGUCCGCUGCCCCCAGCGCAGACCGACGCCGAUGCCAGCACCACCGCCCUCACCACCCACUCCUGGGAAGAAUACAAGGCGGAACGCCGUCAGGCGAGGGAAGAGCGGAAGAAGGAGCUCGAGGAACGCGGACAGAAAGGACCGUUGGCCUUGCUGGGAUUGGGGGGAAAGGAGGACUCGAAAAAGAAGACGGAGUAA